AUGAAACUGUUCCUCGCACUUCGUAAUGUCGCUGGUUUCAGAAGUGCGUUUGACUUUGGUGCGCGGGACGUGGCGCACUGGUUCCCAGGACACAUGGCAAAAGGGCUGAAACAGAUGCGAGCAAAUCUGAAGAAUGUGGACUGCGUUAUAGAAAUACACGACGCCAGAAUUCCAUUUUCGGGGAGAAACCCAGUGUUUCGAGAAACUUUAGAUGUCAAACCACACCUCCUUGUUUUGAACAAGAUGGACCUGGCGGACAUGUCACAGAAACAGAGAAUACAGAAUCAGAUGCACAGAAAAGGAGUCCAAAAUGUUCUCUUCACAGAUUGUCUGAAACAGAGAGAUGACAAUGUUAAAAAGCUGGUUCCAAAAGUGAUGGAAAUUCUUACAGACACUCCACGUUUCAACAGAGAUGAGAAUGUUGAUUAUUGUUUAAUGGUUAUUGGCGUUCCAAAUGUGGGAAAGUCAUCUCUGAUUAACUCAUUGAGAAGAACGUAUUUAAAAAAAGGUCGAGCAUCACGAGUUGGAGGAGAGCCAGGCAUAACUAGAGCCGUUCUGACUAAAAUACAGGUUUGUGAACGACCAAUGAUGCAUUUGUUGGACACUCCAGGAGUCUUGCCUCCAAAAAUAGAUGAUGUUGAAACAGGAAUGAAGUUGGCUUUAUGUGGUACUAUACUGGACCAUUUAGUUGGAGAAGACCUAAUUGCAGAUUACUUACUUUAUUCUUUGAACCGUCAACAAAAAUUCAAUUAUGUUGAAAGAUAUGACCUUGAAGAACCCUGCGAUGACAUCCAACAAAUCCUAAAACGUAUUGCAGUGAAACUUGGAAAGACUCAAAGAGUUAAAGCCAUUACUGGAGUCGGAAAUGUGACCAUCACUGUCCCAAACUACAAUGCUGCAGCGUAUGAUUUUAUCAGAGCUUUUAGAAAAGGAGAACUAGGACGAGUGAUGCUGGACUGA